AUGGGGCCAUCGCGCGCAGGGUAUCAGACUAUGCAGAUGGAACGAGUUCUACAGCAAAUGCCUCACUAUGGGGAUGGAUCGCACUUCCGUUACCAAAAGUUGUGUAAACACAACAAAAUCCACCGUUUCAUCGGCGGUAAUGCCUGGGCCAACAACAUGAUCACCCAAGCCUUUGUCCAAUAUGGAGUUUGGGCCGAUGAGGCGCUCUCGACACCGCAAUCGUCCCGAGCCGCAUCUCCCUCUAUCGCCCAACCUCGAUUUCCCAUCUCCUCCACCCGCCAUAUGAAGGCUCACAGACACUAG